AUGACAGUAAGCCUUUUUGACCAAUUUAUAAGUCCCUCAUAUCUAGGAAUCCCCCUAGCAGCUCUAGCUAUUUCUCUUCCUUGAUUAAUAUUCCCUGCCCCUUCAACUCGAUGAUUAAAUAAUCGCUUACUCUCCCUUCAAGCAUGAUUUAUUAACCGGUUUACUCAACAACUUCUUCUUCCCUUAAAUCUUGAGGGGCAUAAAUGAGCUACCUUACUAGCCUCCUUAAUAAUUUUUCUAGUCUCUCUAAAUUUAUUAGGCUUACUCCCAUAUACUUUUACACCUACUACACAACUUUCUUUAAAUCUAGGCAUUGCCACCCCCCUAUGACUUGCAACCGUAAUCAUCGGAAUACGAAAUCAACCAACACACGCCCUAGGACACCUUCUUCCAGAAGGUACCCCAACCCCUCUUAUUCCUAUCCUUAUCAUCAUUGAAACAAUUAGCUUAUUCAUCCGUCCCCUGGCCCUAGGAGUUCGACUAACCGCUAACCUAACUGCUGGCCAUCUAUUAAUUCAACUUAUCUCAACAGCUGCAUUCUCUCUCUCUUCCUCAAUACCAACUAUUGCCCUAUUAACAGCUACUACCCUUAUUAUACUCACCCUUCUAGAAAUUGCUGUUGCCAUAAUUCAAGCUUACGUAUUUGUUCUUCUUUUAACCCUUUAUCUUCAAGAAAACGUCUAA